AUGCAAAACUCAGGGUCGAUGUACGCCCCAGUGGCCUUAGUCUAUUUGGAAUCCCCCUAUUACCGUGGAAAGCAGAGGCGGCGCUCAUCCCAGGCUUGUGGAGGAAGUGGUCAUCGAUGUCCGGCGCUUUUUUGUGCGUCUUGCGACACGUGCCAGCGCACAAAUCCCAAAAGGAAGGCUGAAGAAAAGAAUAUAUCUGAGAGGUUAGAUAUUGAACGUGAUCAGAUUGGGAGGGAAAGUAGGGAAAAGAAACAAAGAUUUGAACUUGACGUGCAACCCGAUGAACCUCAAGAGGAGGUGCAUCAGCCGGAGCGUGUUCGCCAGCAGCCGGCCCGAGAGCUAGAAGACUUAGAAGAUGAGCGUCAGUCAGCAGAAGAUGCAAAACUGCGUUUGGAAGGGAACACGCAGGCUCUGAACGCUCAGUAUGACCGUGAUGUUGCUGGUCGUGAGGAGCUGGAUGAGGAGUCUAAGAGACCAUUGCUUAAACAGAUACGAGAAAUGGAAGCGGAGCUUCGGGAUGUGCGCAAGCAGAGAACCACAGCAGUAAAAGCUCGCAGUAAGUUGCAAGGUGAUUUGCAAGGCUUAGAGAAGGAAGUGGAGAUGACCAACAAAGUGAAGGAAGAGGCUGCUAAGCAGUACAAAAAGCUGGCAGCUCAGAUGGAGGACUGUCAGCACGUAGUCGAAAAGGCACGCAUUGCGCUGGAGGAAAUGGCUGCUGCCGUAAAAGAAAAUGGCAAGCGAAUGAAGAAAUUGGAAACAAAGCAGGAGGAGAUACAGGACUUGCUUCAAGUGAAUGCGAACACAGGACGAGAACACGAAGAAACCCGAAUGCUUUUGAAUCACGUGAGGAAGGAAAUUGGAAAAGAGGACGAUAAGCUCGACAAGUUAGUGUCCAAUGAAAACGCCAACCUGGGUUAGAUCAGGUCAAGAAGGUGUGGCCGGCGAAAAAGGGCGAACGUCCUCACGGCUGGAAACGGACAGGAGAUCACAUGUUGUCAAUAGGAAAGGCAUGUGCGCAGCGGCAAUAGUGAGCAAAGCGACUCUCGUCUCAGGUAGCCAUCGUAGGGGAGGACAACAUGGAAGCAGACUUUCUGAGCAGGUCGUUCCUCCCUUUCAGGCUGACAGUUCCCUUGUUUCCCUAUCCCGUCGUCCUUUUAGCUACGGUGUCCAUCACCCCAUUUCUACGCUUUCUGCGUGCGGCAGAAGCAACGCGUUACAGGCUGCUUGCAUAGGUUUAAUAGAGUGAAUUAGUUUUGAGGUUCUGUCAGUUUGUGGGCGUGGCGCCUUCUAGUUGGGAUUUCUGUGGUGGUUUUUCUUCCAAGAGCUCUUUCUUCAAUCUUGACACGCGAUGAUUUUUGAACUUCGCGUAGCUUCAUCCUAAGGAAGGGGAUAUGUCGCGUGUCAGCGAUUGUGCUGUCAUCCUUGCAUGCCUCCCAUACUGAGCUCGCCCAUCGUUAGGUGUUUUCUUCACGCUUUUGUCCCCUCUUUGUCUUACUUCUUGCGCGCUCGCGCA